AUGUUUCUAUAAUUCAUGAUAUCGAUAGGCUUUGCCUGCAGUCCAAAAACGUAACAUCUGCAAUUCUUAUAUCCCACUUAAUAUGAGAACUAUAAAUUGGAUAUGAGCGAGUUAUUUGAUGGUGCAGAUUUAAUUUAUGUUUGUACUAUUGGAGAAGGUAAUUCAUUUAGAGAUAGGGACGUAAAGAGAUGUAGUGCAUCAGAAGAUGGGAUCGAACUGAAAAAUGCGCUUGAAGUAGAAAAAUAUACAAUUAAUCAUGAUAGACUUCUAAAAAACAUUAACAGUGUUUCAGGAUAUUUUAAUUAUACUUCUACUAUUUAGAAUAACACUAUUUUAACCAUAUAUGAGGUAGACUACGAUAACCACAUCAUUACAGAAUUAGAUAACUCUAAAAUUAAAGUAAAUUUGGAUUGCAAGAGCUUUAGUUCUACCUUUACUUAAUCAAGCAAUGUCAUAACUGAUUGCUAUUACAACACUAGUUUUUAAUUAAUUUUAUUUAGUCAAGGUUAACAACAAGUUAUUUAUGAAUUAUAUUAAAGCGGCUUUGAUAUUAAUUACAUCCAAUACACAGAUUUAGUUUAUAGCAACAAUUACAUCGUAUAUGGGAUAUACCUAAACAAAAGUCAUUCUUAUCUACAUACUUACUAUUAUAACGAAACUACCCAAUAAGCUAAAUUUGUAACCAGUUUUUAGUAUAACACUUUUACAGAUUUUUCUUUGAUGGCUGAUGGAAAAUCUGUCGCUAUUUUGAAUCUUACUAACUGCAUUUACAUUUCAUUGAUAGAUGACUUAAAUCAGUGUACCAAAUUACAACCCUUCAAUAAUAUCUAGAUUAACUAAUAAUUUCUAGCCAUAUAAGCAUUCCCCUCAUUGUAUUAUGGCUAACUAACUACUUCAUUUUAUGUUGUCAACGACAAUUAUUUUGAUAAUAUCCUUGAAAUUCAUUAUAAUGGUUAAGACCUUUCCAUAGUACAAAUAUAUGAGUCCUAUUAAUAAUACACAUUUAAUCUUGAACAACGAAUUUCAAUCUAUUUGAGCACAAGCUUCUUGGUCAUCUAUCAAAAUGAUAUUCAAAGUUUUUUCUACAUUGGGAAAUAUUCCAAUUCUCAUGAAGAGCAAACAAUCACUCCGAUAUAUCAAAAUAAAGAUUUUGAAGAUUAGGUCUAAUUUUAUCUAAAUUAUGAAGGUAACAAUUUUUUGAAAUUUUCUCGAAAAAUCACUUGGUAUCAUUUGUAACAACCCAAAUUAGUCAUAAAUAUCAACAACUAGAGUCAAAAUGGGUCAAUCAACAUUUUUGCUUAUGAAAAUCCAGAAAUGCAUUAUGAGUUUGAUAUUUUUGGCUGCAAUCUUACUCUUACCUAUUAAUUGUUGAAUUAAAGCGAUAAAGAAAUCUAUAGUACUACGAAUAUAAAUAAACUCUCAACCGUCUAAGAUCUUUCAGAGACCUUCCGAGUGAAUGAUUAUUUCACAGGCCCUUUAUUGCAAUUAAACUUAAUAGACGACUCACAAAGUGAUUCAAACAUUACUAUAUCUAUUCCUCAAAGUACGGCCUUUUAAAAUUUGAAAACUAACCUUCCGGGAUUGUUUUAAAAUUAUUCUCAAUUGUUUUUUGUUGAAAAUUAUAAAUUGUUAUUUUAUGCUUGGACAAAUAUGAAUAAUUAUACUAACCUCUACUACACGAUCUGUCAAAUAGGCAAAAACUAAAUUUUUGAUUGUUCACUUAUUAAAAGUAUAAAUUGUGAUGUCUCUUAAUUGACUACUAUUUAAAUGACUCAAUCUGACCCUACAGAGCUUAUAUUAGUAUUUGAUUAAGGACCCUAAAAUAUAUUAGUUUAUUAAUUCUAAUUCAACUUAAACAUAUCAAAUUAUAAAUAGGGUAUCAAUAUUUCUGAACCAUAACUAUAUAAUUACACCAUAGGGUACUAGUAAACAAUACAAUAAUUUUAAAUUCUCUACAACAAAUUGAUAGUACUCAACAAUUAGAGUGAGAUCAUUGUUAUUAGUUAUCAAACUAAUGCAUAAUAUUAUAUAAAUCAAACGACAAUAGAUUAAGCUGAAGGAUAGAAAUACGAUAUUGUAUUCCAACCUAUUUAAAUUUCAGUAAAUUAAUAACUGUAUCAAUCUACCUUGUUUAUAAAUAAUCAAAAUGGUGUCAUCACAUUGGAAUUAUUUAAUUAGCCUAUAUAGAACACUAAUUGUUUUACUAUUUUAUCUUAUCUUAAGUAAAAUUAGGAUAUUUCUUAAAUUUUUGUCAGUCAGAUGUUUAUGAUUAUUGCAAUUAGCACAAACUCACCACCUUAUACAGUAUCCUUUUCUGUUUAUGAUAUAUCAGAUAUAUCUCAGCCCAAAUUUUUUAAACCAUUACCAAAUUGUACUAUCUAGCCUGGUUCAUAAAUUCUAGCAGACAAUUACUUUUUCUAUGUAAGACAAGUAAAUGGCGGUGUAGUCAUUUACAGCAUAGAUUUGCCCUACCACAGUGCAUAAUACUUCUAUUUAUCUUUGAAUUAAAAUGAGUGCAUCAGUAGUACUAAUUCAAAAUAAUAAUCAAUUCUGUCAUUUAAUAACAACCUAUGGGCUAGCUUCUAAAACAAUCCCUACAGCUUUAAAAUUUAUUAGGUUAAUCAAGAAUAUAAGAUGCACACCUUAGCUAACCUUUCAGUUAGCAUUUCAAAUCAAUGGGGGAACAAAACCAUAAAUUAUGAUUUAAUAGUAGUGAAUACAUACCUGUAAAUCUCAAUGAAUUAAUCCUAAUUUGUGAACAAUUCAAAUAUCAAAAAUCUUACGUUUUACGCUAAACCCAACAGUAACAAUCAAGUUUUGAUAGCUUUAAAUAUGACAAAUGUUUCAAUGGGUCAAGUAUUGAACUAUUCUCUACUUGCUUAUAAACAGGGCUUCAAAUCUAAUCCGAAUUUUAAUAUAACGAAUCAAUUUAUAAACGAGAAUUAAUACUUCACAUAGGAGAUUAAAAACAUUACACAAAUGGUCAGUUUUUGUGAUUCAUUAUUCUAUUAGAAUACAUCAGGACUCUAUCAAAGUAGUUAUGUAAUCUUUGAAGGUAUUCAAUUACAGAGCUACAAUUUUACAGAAUGUCUUUCUUUGAGUGUAACUAUUAAUGGGCCUACCAUUUAUAUGAAUUCCAUUUGUAAAUCUGGUGAUCUUGUUACUGUAUUUUCAUAUUUUCCUAAUUGCAGUGUCAAUAAUAAUGCCACAUGCAAUUCAUCUCUGCCUUGGAAUUCCUCAUAUAAUAAAACCAUAAUUAAUUCCGCGCCUUUUCACUCUGUAUUAAAGAGUUCACAACUAAAUCAGUAUCUAUUCAUCUUAGGAAAGGUUGGCGAAAAUCCUAAUUCAUAAAAGAUUUACAUCUACAAUCUGAAUUUAAAUGCAUCUUCGAGUUCACCUCCCAACUCAAAUUAAUAUAAACCAAUGAGAACAAUAUAAUGUAGAGGAGGCAUUAUAGAUUAUAAUUUUACUAUCUUGUAGAAUAAGUCUCUUAUAAAUAAUACGUAUAGUGGAAGAGGAGUCAUCUUUUAUUUGUGUCAAAAUCCAAGUGAACUAAAAUAUGUGACUUUUAAUAUCGCCAAUACAACUUACCUCUUUUUUUCAAAAGUGUCAAAACGAGUCUCAGAUGUUAUAACCUAAUAUGUCAACAAAUCUCAUUCGAAAUUCUUGUAAAUCUUUAUUUACCUUGUCAAAUAUGAUUAGAUUAUCCUCGUUCUCACUUCAAAUAAUGUCUACAACUUAGUAAUUAUUAUGAGUUACAGUCCUCUAAGUUUCGCUGAAACUUCACUUCAAUUUGAAGAUGUCAUUGCUUACAUUCCACCUUACGGUAACUACACUCAAAUUCCCCUGGGGGUCCUACAAAAUUCAUAUUUGGCAUUGUUAUUUAGCCCGCCCAUAGAACAAGGAGGUAAGAAUAUUGUUGCCAUUUAUGAUAUCGAGAAAAUCAACUAAACAUACAGUCUGGCCAAUGGAUUAAACUACAGUAGCACCAUUUAAAUGGAAGCAGGUUAUCAAUUUGAUCAAAAACAAAUCAUUCUUCAAAUUGCCUUAAUCUCCUAACCUUACAAUAUCUCCUAACCUAACAAUAAUAAGGGUUAAUUUUUGCUUAUGCUAUUAAAUGAUGGCAUAAAUCUAAAUUAAACAAAAGUCAUCUUAUUAGUAUUCAACUUAUCCAUAUAUUUUUAUUGCACGGAUGUAACUGAUUUAUCUGAAAACUACGAUUAUUAUUUAGUGGCUUCAAAUUCCUUUUACAAUUCUAACAUAACCAUCUAAAUUACAGCCUUACCACUAAGUAAUUCCAUUUGGGCAUGGAUCUUAUUGUUUCUAACAAUUUUAAUAUGUGGAUUCUUAGUAAGCUAAUUUUGGACAAAAAUUAAUAUGCAGAAUUUAUAAAAUAAAUCAGCAGAACUCUUGGAAAUAGAAAUGUGA